UUUCAAAAAGAGGAAAAGCUGCAGCUCUAACUUACUGAACAAAAUGACAGCUAUUCAUUAAACAGUUAUUUCUUAACGUUACAGUCACGCGCUUGUAUAAUGACGCCACGCGAAAGAGUUUUACUGCGUCUGUGUUUGAUUUAAAGAUGAAUUCACACAUUACUUUCGUUUUAUUAGGCUUGUGUUAUCUGCCAGUAUUGUCUGUGCUGGCAGAUUCACGUUCAUUUUCUAUUGAUUAUGAAAACAACUGCUUCCGUAAGGAUGGAAAACCAUUCCAGUACAUCUCAGGAAGCAUCCACUAUUCCCGCAUCCCUCGGGAUUACUGGAAGGACAGGCUGCUUAAGAUGUACAUGACUGGACUCAAUGCUGUUCAGGUAUAUGUGCCGUGGAAUUUCCAUGAGACUGUGCAGGGGGUGUUUAACUUUGCAGGAGACAGAGAUCUUGAGUACUUCUUAAAGCUGGCAAACCAAACAGGGCUGUUAGUCAUCUUGCGGCCAGGGCCGUACAUCUGCGCAGAAUGGGAAAUGGGUGGUUUGCCUGCCUGGUUGCUACAAAAACCGAACAUUAUCCUCCGUUCAGCUGACACAGAGUACUUGCAGGCAGUGAGUAGCUGGUUGUAUGUCCUGCUCAAUAAGAUGAAACCGUGGCUUUAUCAGAAUGGGGGAAAUAUUAUUAGUGUGCAGGUAGAGAAUGAAUACGGCAGCUACUUUGCUUGUGAUUAUAACUACAUGCGAUACCUUCACACUCUCUUCCGUUUGUUCCUGGGGGAAGACGUUGUCCUCUUUACUACAGAUGGAAACACAGACAAAGAGAUGAAAUGUGGUACACUCGACGGCCUGUAUGCAACUAUAGACUUUGGCACAGACACCAAUAUCACUACAGCCUUUAAUCGACAGAGAAGAUUUGAACCCAAAGGUCCACUGGUGAAUUCUGAGUUUUAUACCGGUUGGUUGGAUCACUGGGGAGAAAGCCAUGCUUAUGUGGAGACUGAGAAAGUCAGUAAAAUGCUGGGAGAAAUGUUGGCUAUGGGUGCCAGUGUCAACAUGUACAUGUUUGAGGGAGGAACCAACUUUGGUUACUGGAAUGGAGCCGAUUAUGAUACCAAAUUCCAGUCUGUGGUGACCAGUUAUGAUUAUAAUGCACCAUUAUCAGAAGCAGGAGAUCCCACGGACAAACUUCUUGCCAUAAGAGAUGUUAUUACAGUUUUUCGUGAUAUUCCAGUUGGUCCCAUGCCACCAGCCACCCCAAAGCUAGCUUACGGCUUUGUGACACUACAAAAGGUUGCCAACAUUAGCAGCCUGUUGGACACAUUGUGUCCUCAAGGUCCAGUACGAUCUCAAUAUCCAUUGACGUUUGAAGAAAUUAAACAGUACUAUGGCUUCGUGCUUUAUCGGACGACACUACCGCAGAACGUUCCUGACCCGACUCCGCUCAUCUCGCCAGUCAAUGGCAUCCGUGACCGUGCAUACGUCUCUGUGAAUGGGGUGUAUCAGGGGUUCCUAGAGAGGGACACCACAUUGGUGAUGAAUGUUACUGGACGACAAGGAGAUCAGUUGGAGAUUCUUGUGGAGAACAUGGGCAGGGUGAAUUUUGGCAGCUAUAUCAAUGAUAAUAAGGGUCUCCUCGGCAACCUUAUCCUGGGAAAUGAUGUGCUCACUGAUUGGUUGAUCUACCCACUUGACAUUGAUACUGCAGUAGCCAAUGGUUGGCUACAUGCAGAUCACUCCGAAGUUCGACCUGGUCCAAAGAUGGAAGCAGGAGAUGGACCAAUGAUCUACUCGGGAACCUUGAAGACUACAGGCCUAGCAUGGGACACUUAUGUAAAACUUAAUGGAUGGACUAAAGGUCAGGUAUGGGUAAACGGUGUAAAUCUGGGAAGGUACUGGCCCCAGAAGGGUCCCCAGCAGACGCUUUACGUCCCUGGACCUUUUCUUAGUGCCACUCAACCAAACAACAUCACAGUAUUGGAGCUGGAAAGAGCAUCAACACACGGCAGGAUUCUGUUUAUGGACAGACCACAGCUCAACAACACUGUAAAGAAGACGUGAACAUAUACACUAAACAUGCAUUGGAAAGCCUUAUUCGCUCUUCAACUCAAAGAAUGUAUACAUUAUCUGCAUAAACUAAUAUUUAGCUUGGUUUAGUGAUCUGUUGAUGGCUCAGGAAAUGUUAAAAAUGCAGCUUAUUUUAAUAUGAAAUAAAUAUAGGAAACAAAGAACAUGGUGUUUAUUAAAGUUUAUCUGCUUGAAAUAGGAAUAAUAUUGAUAUCAUAGCAUUACGAUGUAUGAUAUAAGUGAAAUGCAUUAUAUCCGCUGGGAGACAAUUAAAAUUGGUCAAAUUGAAACCGUUAUGAUCCCUGUCUAACUGAAGAGACUUUGGGCCAUCCUUUAAGACCUUCCCAAAAAAUGCAGCCUUAAAAGCAUCCUUCUUUACAGUGUUGCCAAGUUCUGCUGAAAACUAAGCAGGAGCACCAUUGACAUUCAUAGUAGGAGAAACAAAUACUAUGGAAGUUAAUCAUGUUUAAAACGGGUUUUUUUUUACAGAAAAUACAUUUAUUCAGGUCUGUAACAACUUGAAGGUCAGUAAAUGAUCACAGAAUUUCAUUUUUGGGUGAACUAUCCCUUUAAGGCAUGAUGAUCUUAUAUAUUAAAUCAGACUGUGUUUAUAAUUACCUACAUACAGUGAUUUUUAAGAAGAAACUGUGAUUAAUGCAUAAAAGUUAAUGUAAAAUAUGUAUUUUAGGUAAGCGAGUGGCAUAUUUUGAGUAAUGGCAUUUGAUCAUUGGGCUAGUAUUAAUUGGCUAUUUGGCUGGUUUUGUUACAGAGACCUGGCAAAACUGCUUCUUUUAUUGAGCCGCAGAGGAUAAAACGAAUUAAUCCUUUACAGCAUACGCUAUCCCAAAAUGUAUUGCACUUCUGUAAUGGCUAGAUAUUUUUUAAAAGAAACAUUUAAAACCUUUGUUAAUAAAUGUGUAUUUUGCAGAAAAGGUCAUUGUCACUGUUAUAGUAUUAUA